GCGGGCCCUAUGGUGCGGCGGCGGGACCCGGCUGCUGCUCGCCGCCUUCCGAGGGGGCCCGCGGAGCGGCGCGGGGCAGCGCGGCCCGCCGGCACUCGGCUGGCAUGAGGAACCUGCCGAUCCUCCUCCUCCUCUCCCUCAGCUGGAACCUGCGGCGGGUGAUUGGUGUCCAUCCAGAAUGCAGAUUUCUGCUGGAGAUUCACAAGGAGGAAACAAAGUGCAUGGAACUUUUAAAGCACUCAAAACCAGUGGACUACAAAGGAUGUGUUGGAGUUUGGGAUAAUAUCACCUGUUGGCGUCCUGCAAAGAUUGGAGAGACUGUCACUGUCCCUUGCCCAAAAAUAUUUAGCCUUUUUUCUGGAAAACCAGGAAAUAUUAGCAAAAAUUGUACCAGUAAUGGAUGGUCAGAUAUUUUUCCUGACAUCUUAAGUACUUGUGGAUAUAAUGACUAUGAAGAUGAUUAUAAGGUCAACUUCUAUGUAAGAGUGAAGGCAAUUUAUACCCUUGGUCACAGCGUAUCUCUGAUUGCUCUCACAACAGGAAGUAUAAUUCUUUGCCUUUUCAGAAAACUUCAUUGUACUCGGAACUACAUCCAUCUGAACCUGUUCCUCUCCUUCAUUCUAAGAGCAAUCUCCGUUUUAGUCAAGGAUGAUAUUCUCUACUCCAGCUCCAACACAGCUCACUGUCCAGAGGACCAAACCUCAUGGGUGGGCUGCAAAGCUAUUUUGGUGUUUUUCCAGUACGGUGUUAUGGCAAAUUUUUACUGGCUAUUGGUUGAAGGACUUUACCUCCACAUCCUCCUUGUGUUAAUAUUCUCCCCCAACAGACACUUCACAGUCUAUCUGCUGAUUGGAUGGGGAAUUCCUACCAUAUUCAUUAUUACAUGGACAGUGACACGGAUUAUUUUAGAGGACACUGGUUGCUGGGAUACAAAUGAGCAUGGUGGUCCUUGGUGGGUUAUACGAAUACCAAUUUUAAUUUCUAUUAUAGUGAAUUUUAUACUUUUCAUCAGUAUUAUAAGAAUCUUACUCCAGAAGUUAAGAUCACCAGAUGUUGGAGGAAAUGACCAGUCACAGUACAAGAGACUUGCAAAAUCCACAUUGUUGCUUAUUCCAUUAUUUGGAGUUCACUACACAGUGUUUGCUCUGUUUCCUGACCGCAGUUCCAACAAUUACAAAAUAAUUUUUGAGUUGUGUUUGGGAUCUUUUCAGGGAUUGAUUGUUGCAGUCCUAUAUUGUUUUUUGAACAGUGAGGUACAAGGAGAGCUGAAAAGAAAAUGGCGGAGUUUAUGCUGGAAGCAGACAGCAGGCAGAGACUACAGACUGCACAGCUCGAUCUCUCGAAAUGGAUCAGAAAGUGUUUCUCAGCUCCAUCGGAAUUCAAGGGCUCAGUCAUUCAUGCAGACAGAGACCACUAUGAUAUAAAUCGGUUAGGUUCCCAAAACAUGCAAAAACUGUGGGAUACAUUUGUUAUAUGCAGCUUGAUGUGGUAUUUUUUAAAAUGUACAGUUUAUUGCUUGGCUUUUCUAUAUGUUGGUACUUGGGAAAUGGAUUUGUGCAGUCAAGCAGGUAAUAACAAAGACACCUGCCCCAUGGAUGCUUUCUGUUCUUUUCUUUAGUGACAUUCAUACUAGUUUUUAUGGUCUCUUGCCAUGGAUUAGCCAUAACUAUUCAAAAACUCAUUUACUCAUUUAUGAAGGUCCCUCUUGCCCCCAGCCUGUCUGUGAAACAGAUGUGUGGGAUCCUAUUCAAUGUAGGCUGCUUUGUUACCUGAUGAAAAGGUUAUGACAGGAAGCAGGAAAAUUUCUUAAACUAUAUUUAUAGGUAAUACUUCUUUCCUUAAGGAUUAGGAAAUUCUUUCCUAAUUAUGGAAAAGAAAGCAAAAAUAAAGGAAUUUGAGGCUAUAAUUAACCACACUGGGAGCUAAGUGUGCUAAUCCAGGAAAUCAUUAACUUUUCACGGAGAGGAAAAAAAAAAAAAAGUAAGGCUUAUUAGCUAAUCAUAUGAAUUGCAGGGGCUAAUUUCUACAGUUUGAUUCCUAUUUUGUUGUCCUCUUUGAAAGUGUAGGUUUUUUUUAUGUUUUGGUGCAGAACAUAGGACUGCCUUUGCAGUCCAAGGCUAUUGUAAUUGUUUUGAUUAAAACAUCAGCAUUUGCCAGUAGUGCUGUUCUAAUCACCAGUUGUACUCUUCUGUUUAAAAUCAAAGAGAUUUGUGUUGAUCUUUUAUUAAACAAUUUUCUGAAGAGGUGCUUUAUUGCUAGAGCAGUCUAUCAUAAGAUAAACAGCCUUGGAGAGCAUUACCCAUUGAAAAUAUCAUUUUUAUUUAAUAUUUUCAUUGAAUUAUAUCUCUAGAACUACAUACUUGGCAGCUGAAACAAGAAAUAUUGCAAUAAUGUUAGAACUCCCAUUUAAGAAAUAAUGUAAGUUCUCUUAGUUUGAUUCUAUUCUGUAUCUAUCUGAGAUGAUUUAAAAUUCAGUCGUGGCCACGAUUCCAAAAAAAAAAAAAAAAA